GUUAGCGGGUGGAGCCGGGGGAAACGCAGCCCGUCAGGGUGCAGACGCACUCAACAACCAAAGCAUCCGAGAUUACUACACACGCACGCAGAUUUCUGCCGAAAACCCACCCUCCAAACCCCUGAUCCGUGUUCCCUCUCCCCCUUUUAGACCAGUCUGAUUCCUGCUCGAGUUAGAGUCGCUGGUGUGAAGCUCUUCUCCUCCCCUGGCAGCGAUCAGGUUGAUCUGCGGCUCCACGUCGCCUCCUCGCAUCUCUCCACCAGUGCGGAUGAAGAAGCUGUUGAGAAAACACCCAUAACGGAUUUUUUUAUUCCCCUUUUGUGUCAUCUACUUGCGUCCGGGGGUCCUGGAUUUCCAGGCGGAUCAUCCGUCGAUCUCUUGGUUCCAGGGAGCACGUGACCCCGGAGAUGAACAAGCUUCGUCAGAGUCUGAGGAGGAAGAAGCCCACGUACGUGCCCGAGGCCAGCAGACCGCACCAGUGGCAGGCUGACGAGGAGGCUGUGCGCAAGGGCAAAUGUAACUUUGCUGUUCGGUACCUGGGCUUGGUGGAGGUGGAGGAGUCCAGAGGGAUGCACGUGUGUGAGGAGGCAGUGAAAAAGCUGAAAGUUAGUGGCAAAAAGACAGUAAAAGCAGUACUGUGGGUUUCGGCCGAUGGACUCAGGGUGGUAGAUGACAAAACCAAGGACCUCAUCGUGGACCAGACCAUAGAGAAGGUUUCCUUCUGCGCCCCCGACCGUAACUACGACAAGGCCUUCUCCUACAUCUGCAGAGAUGGAACCACGAGACGGUGGAUGUGCCACUGCUUCAUGGCUCUGAAGGACUCGGGGGAGAGACUGAGCCACGCAGUGGGCUGUGCCUUCGCCGCCUGUCUGGAGAGGAAGCAGCGCCGGGAGAAGGAGUGCGGCGUGACGGCUUCAUUCGACGCCAGCCGCACCUCAUUUGUGCGUGAAGGCUCGUUCCGUGUCAACUCCUCUUGCAGCCAGCAGGGCAGCAGCAGCGAACGAGAGGACAAGCUGCAGGAUAAGAAGAAAGAUCAGGCCUCUGGCAUCCCAGCCCUUCCACCUGGCAGCGCCUCCCCACCCGAGGGCGCAGCCUCCCCAAUGGAGCGCCCGGAACCGGGCGGGCCCCACGCCAUCCCUCGUCGCCACGCGCCUAUCGAGCAGCUGGUGCGCCAGGGCUCGUUCCGGGGAUUUCCUGCUCUCAGCCAGAAGAACUCUCCCUUUAAGAGACAGCUGUCGCUCCGCCUCAACGACCUGCCAUCCACACUGCAGCGCAAGACAGACUUCCAGGCCAAGAACCCUGUACUAGAGAUGGACAUGGGGUUACCGGGCGAAGGUGACGGUUGUAUUAAUGACCUCUGUAGCCAGAUCAAUAACUCCUUCACCAACCCUGCCGAGGAGCUCUUCUGCAACCCCUCCAUGUCGGCGUAUGGUCCACCGCCGUGCACUGUGCCCCCUGCUCUGCCUCCACCGCCUGCACCAAUGCAAGCCGCCUCGUCUUGGGUGCAACCUGAACCUUCUCUCAAUUCUCCUCCACCAGUUUCCGUGGCAAUGCAGAGUGGUCACAAACGCACUCCCUCGGAGGCCGAGCGAUGGCUGGAGGAGGUCUCUAAGGCUGUCAAAGCUCAACAAACGCCUCCUCCAGGCCCCACCAUCCCCACCAUCCCCGGCCCGCCUUCCAUGACCACUCACCAGAUAUCCACCACCAUGUCCGUGGCUCCAACAUCCACUGUCCCCAUGGCCCUCAGCACCUUGUCCAAACCUCUCAUCUCCGGCCCCUCCGCUCAUUCGGGUCCAGCCUCGAUGCCCCUGCCACCUAUGUCCUUAUCCUCUGUUCCUCUAAUACCAGGCCCUCCGGUGUCGGGUCCCCCUAUGUCUCUUCCAUCCAUGUCCAUCCCCACCAUGUCGGGUCCGAGCAUGUCUGGAGCCCCGAUGAUGCAGGCCUCCCUUCCUGGACCCCCCGGCUCCAUUCCAAGCUCCAUGCAACCAUUCCCUCUGGCUUUUGAUGCAACUCCAGCCCCUGUUGGGAUGUUUGCCAACCAGCCUGUCCAACCCGGGUUUGUUCCCAUGCAGACCUACAUGCCAGGCCUGGCCAGCAGUAUGACCUACCCCAACGCUAGUGUGCCUGUGGUGGGCAUCACACCGUCACAAAUGGUAGCCAAUGUCUUCUGCACCGCCACAGGGUCAUCAGGCGCAGGCGCCGCCAUGGGCGCCACUGUAGGAGGAUCCAAAGUGGGGGCACUAGGCACAGUUGGGCAGCACCAUUCCUAUCCUGGAGCACCUGGUACAGGUGGGCACACUGCAGGGUUUUCCACGCCUACGUUUUCCUCCACCCUGCCACAAUCAACGGCCAUUAAUGGCCUGCCACCACACGGCAGUGCAACGAUGAUCCUGCAGAACGGCACCUGCAGCGGUGGCGGGAGCGCCGGCAGCAGUACCAGCUGGCCGCCAGAGGGCAGCCAGCUGACAGCUCCGGCCAUGAGCGAAAUUCAAGACGAUGACCGCUUUGAGGCCAAGUGGGCGGCGCUGGAGGCGAAGCCAGCACCUCAGGAGCCGGGGAGCAAGGCACCAGCUGCCGCAGCGAACCCGUUUUCCAACAAUCUGCAAAAGACUUUUGAGAUUGAGCUCUAAGCCCGUCUCAGCCUCCUAAAGCUGUAGCACUAGUUCUUGAGUCAAAGCCCCAGGAAGUCAAGGCACUAAAUCCAGCAUAUUUGCUUAAACAGGAUGCAGGGCCUUUGAAUUUAGUCUAGGGUUCAAUCACUGACAGCCCAGCAACUUGCUAAACGAGCCCCAAGGAGUUAGUGCUACAAAAAAAUGUUAUUGCUUUCUUUCUGCUCCGACGUAAGAUGGAGAAGAACUUAGCAGUUUGCUGGGCUGUUCUCUGAGGAUCAGGUCUCUAGCCUCCAAACUUGAUGGGCUGAAUCUUUCCACUCCAUCUGCCCCCACCGCCUCUCCUCCCUGCUUUCACUUCUCCACUCCUGCUUCACCUUUCCUGCUGCGAGUCCCUGGAUGUACUGGCCUCUGACGUUACUGUGGUGGACGCAAUUUAGGCGUUUCUUUCUUUAAGAAGAGUCUCCACUUUCUUCCACAAAAUCCCACGAGAUGAUUUGGGAAGUAUUGCCUGUUUUCGGUGGAGAUCUUUUGCAGACGUGGUGAUUAUGGAGAAGCCGAGACUCGAUGAGUCGACUGACGCUUAAGCACAGCAGAGUUUGGAUGUGUGAAAUGACUUACUGACCAAUAGUAGAGAUUUAUGGCCAAAAUUAUCUUAUUUAUUGUAUUUUUAUGUUUAAUUUUAACAAGUUAUGUAUACUGAUAAAUCAAAAAUGUUAAGCAGUGUUUUGGGAGCAUGAUGUCUUCUUUUCUUUUUCUUUUUAACCCCAUAUUUAUUUUAGUUGAAUUGUACGGUUGAAAAACUAGAGGGAAGAGAUUGGACAGACGUGACUGGCAGAAGAAAACGGGACCGAAUCGUCUGACGGGACCCAAAUAUACUUUACAGUACAGCUGUGAAAUGUAAGAUCGGUGUAUAGAGCGGCAUGUUUUUGUUCAGCCGUGGGGCCUCACGUGCACAUGCUCCACUUCUGCUGAGAGCAGAUCCGUCAGUACGGUGUCACUGGGCCAUGUGCUCCAGUUCUCUCGCUAAAGCUUCACUGCAAAGGCAGCGGGACAUGAAACGUCACUUCAGGAUAACCAGCACACAGGCACCCGGGACAAUAUAGCACACAACAGUCCUUUGGACUCCAUCUUCACCUGACAAACCCAAAAAAACUUUAAUAACUCAGUGGAAUAAUAAAAAAAAAAAGAAACAAUCUUCAACACUGUGCAACUGGAUGGAAACGAUGCACCACAUUCCAGCGUUCAUCGGUCCUUUUACGUGUUCAAACACAGGGUAUAGCUUCAUCUUGUACGAUAUGUUUGUGUAUUCAACCUUUAUAUCUUCUGUAACAGUGCAACACUCAUUAAAAACAAUGUUGGGACUGAUGGUGAAGAUGUGAAAACACGAGAAGACUUGCAACCUGAGGAAUGAAAUAAUCACAGCGAGUGAAGAUGAAACAGCAGGAUCCCAGUUUGGGUUAGAGAGAGAUAGAGAGAGAGACAGAGAGAGAGAGAGAGAGAUCCAGCUGUACGUGAGAGACCGAGGGAGGGAACGGAGCCCUGCCUUGCAAGAACGAGGAGGAGGAAGUUUCAAGGAAGGAAAAGUAGACGAGGCGUGAUAAAAGGACGUAUAAGUGAGUGAAAAUACUGCGAACAAAGAGACAUUCAUCACACGGUCCUGGACGCGAGCACCGUCUGCUGCCCUGUCCCUGAGGGCCGGCACGCUUACAUACUCCUCAAGUUUCACAACUCCAAAAACAGCACUUCUGGUUCUAUUUAAAAGUAAUUAUGCUUCAUAUAUAAGUGCAGUGUCAUAAAUGAGAUUUUUCUUUUCUAACUAUCUGCUAUUUCCUGAAGUGGAUGAAACUCCAGUCAUGUCAAGAAGACUUUCAGUGUUUUGAGUUUAGGUCUUUUUAAGGAGUCGAACCUUUACAAUAAUAAAAAAGAAGAAAGGUGGAAAUGUUUAUUAUCGAAGGGCUUCCCACAGGUCGCUCCUCUGUGUCCUAUUUUCUGCAGUCGGAUCAGAGAUGCUCCUGUUUUGCUCCUUUGUAACUGACUUGUAUGAAUAUGGACCUCCGCUAAUUACAUUCCCUGCACAUUACUGUCAUUAACCUAUUUGGACUCUUCCUGCGGUCGUUCCCAUCUGACGGGCUGACGUUUCAGAGGAUCCAGAUUCAUGAACAACUGGCCUAGUUUGUAUUAUUUUACCCGCCCAUCCCAAGUUUUAGCUUUUUUUUUUAAAAAGAAAAGUUAUUUUUAAAGAUAAAUCAAUAAUUAUUUCUGUCCAGACGGAUCUGAACCACACCCUCUACCUUCCUCCUGUACAGAGUGAGAUUUGCUCAUGAAAUUGACCCAAUAUUUCAUGAUAAAAUAUAUUUUAGCCUUCAACUCUUGUUUGCACGCCCCCAAAUUAUAAAUGUAGGUUAAUUGUGUUCCGCGUUAAAGCAAACUAAAUGACCUCAUAAACUUGAUUGUAAAACCAUAGUUUAGUGAUGGUAACAAAGCAAACCAGUGGAGUUUAUUUUUAAUCUUUAUUUACAGAAUUUUUGUAUUUAAACCAACAUAUUUGUAUUGUAAUUACAUUGUACAAAAGAUGAAUAAAGUAAUAUAAUAUUA